UUUUUUUUUCUUUUUUUUUUUUUUUAAACCACAUAAAAAAAAAAUUCAUAAAAAAGAAGCAAUUUUAAGGAUCUUGCCUUUAAUUUAUUCACUUUUAAUCGACUUUUGCUUCAUCUGGCUCUUUAGGCUAAUGACAAAGUCCAUGCAGUUACCCGUCCACCCUCCAACACAACAACAACAACAACAACAAGACAUGGAUGUUCUUCAUAACACGAAUUGUACAGCCGCUGCGACUUCUUCAAAAAAGAAGAAGAAGCACAAGAAAAAGUCAAAAGGGACUAGCAACAGCAAAAGUGUUGCUGAUUUUGCAGCCAAGACUCAAGCAGACAUGGUGGAUGCCAUGAUGAAUCAUCAUGUGAUACGUCAUGGUGAUCACAAUGACAUGCACCACAAGCAUAUCUCCAAGUCCUCAAGUAAUAAUAAAAACGGUAAAAUGAAGGAAGAAGAUAACUUUUGGUCUAGUACAAACAAUACAGAAGAACGUCAGAAAAUUCGAGAAUUUUGGUUACAAUUAGGCGAAGAUGAAAGACGUUCGCUUGUCAAGGUCGAAAAGGAAGCCGUACUUCGUAAAAUGAAGGAACAACAGAAACAUAGUUGUAACUGUUCCGUAUGUGGUAAAAAAAGAACUGCCAUUGAAGACGAAUUAGAAGUUUUGUAUGAUGCUUAUUAUGAAGAAUUGGAACAAUACGCUAAUCAUCAACAACAAACUCGCGGUAGUGUUAAUCCUUUACAUGCAGGCUACCUUCCUACUGAAGUCAUUUACGAUCCCAAUAACGAAUCUACCGACCAUUACGACGACGAUGACGACGACGAUGAAGACGAAGACGAAGACGACGAGGAUGAUGAUUUAGACGAAGACGACGAAGAAGAUGACGAGGAUGAUUUAGACGACGAUGACGACGACGACGAUGAUGAAGACGACGACGACGAUGAAGAGGAUGAAGACGAUGAGGAGGAGGAUGAUUUUGAUGACGCAGAUGAUGAAGACGAAAUCAUCACUCGUCCUCCGAUUGCUACUUAUGCUGAAAGAAGUAGAUAUGAAGAAAUGACUCAUAUACGUCAUACACCUCUCUCGAGAGCAUCUCCUAAUGGUGAUCAUUUUAGUUUUGGAAAUAGUCUGACUGUCAAAGGCGGCAUAUUAACAGUAGCCGAUGAUUUAUUAAAGAACGACGGUAAAAAGUUUUUGGAUAUGAUGGAGCGUCUUGCUGAACGUCGAAUGCAAAAGGAAGAUAUCACUAUCGAUCAAAGCAACAGUUAUUUUCAAGACGAAGAAGAAGAUGACGACAAUUUUGAAGACGACGAGGACGAUGAUACUCGUACUGAAGAACAACGAAUGGAAGAAGGCCGUCGUAUGUUUCAAAUAUUUGCUGCUCGUAUGUUUGAGCAACGCGUCUUGGCUGCCUAUCGAGAAAAGGUGGCUCAGGAACGUCAACAACGUCUCUUGGAAGAGCUUGAAGAAGAAGAACGUCUUCGCGAAGAAAAAGAGGCCAAGAAGCUUCUGGAACGAGAAAAGAAAAAGGAUAAAAAGAGACAAAUGAAGCAGCAACAAGAGGAAGAACGUCUUGCACGCGAGGCAAAGAAAAAGGCUGAAGAGGAAGCUGUCAAACGCGAAAAAGAGAAAAAACUCGCUUCAGAACGCCAAAAACGCGAACAAGAAAGAUUACAAAGGGAGGAAGAAAAGAAACAACGGGAAGAAGAACGCUUGAAAAAAGAAGAAGAAAAAAAGCGUAGAAUUAAGGAAGAGAAAGAACGCGCUGCUGAAAAGGAGAGAAAGCGUAAAGAAAAGGAGGAAAAGGAUCGUAUCGCCGCCGCUGCUGCUGCUGCUGCUGCUGCCGCCGCUGCCGCUGAAAAGGAGAAAUUGCAAAAGCUAAAGGAAGCCAAUGAUAAAAAACAUACAGAGAAAAAAACUUCUCCUGUUGUCGUUGCCCAGAAAGUCAUUACAUCCCCACCUGGUAUCCCCACACGGGAGACCUUAACAGCAAAUGAUCCAGAAAACAAUAAUAGACAACAGGUGUUAAUUGAAGCUUUAGUCGGUCCUAGACCCAGCUUUAUUGAAACACCCAACAAAUCUCCCAUGCGACCACCUCCUCCUCAACAACAACCAUUUAUGCCAUCUCAUCUUAAUAUAUUACAAAACGGACCUCCCACAUCCUCUUUACUUUCUAAUACAUUUCCUCUUGAUCAUACGUCUUCUAGCUUACCUGAUCCUUCCAUGAUGGGUCUCUUUCAUCAUCGUGUUGGUUCUCCUCUCGAAUCCAGUACUUCCACACGUCAGUCUAGAUCCAUCGCUCCCAUUGCCCCUAUUGGACAGCCGUUAAAUGGACGUCGUGUUUCCUCUGUACCACUUACCACCAACUCCACCAACUCCACCGCCACCACAGCUACUACAACCAACUCCACCGCCACCACAGCGACUACUACUACUGUGACUACGGCUGCAACUCCUGCUCCUGUAGGCAGCACACUUCAGGAUAUGCAAACGCCUUUUAUGGAUCCAUUUUCGAAAAGACCUUCGGUUCAUUCUCCAUUUGAUACAGAAGCAGGUCCACGGUCCUUCUUUUCCAGUUUCUUAUUUGGUGAACCCACAAGGACAAACCCUCCUCCCAUGAUGAUGCCUCCUCCGCCUGAAUAUGACAUGCGGUUUGCUCAACAGCAACAACAACCUGACAGACGCUUUUCAACAGAAAUGUCUUCUAAUCAUUGGACCAAUGGAUGGACAGCAAGUUCUGUACUUUCUGAUAAUGUGCACGGUAAACUGUUUGGUGGUGAUGCUCUGCCGGACCGUACGAUGAUUACUUUGGAAAGAGUUAAAAUUGCUUACCAAAAACUCAACGAGAUUACGCAAACACGGAUAUUUAGAGGACCCACCAGUCAAUACCAUACACUUGUACAAUUACAUUGUAUGAUGAAUGACUUAUACUGUGAUUUUCAAGUGGAUAUUCGAGAAUUGUAUGAAGUUUUAAUAGGAUCCCCUUUGAGUGGAUUUCAAUGCCUAAAUCAUGCUCAACAUGGGAUGGUUGUAUUAUAUGAACCCAUUGUAGUAGGAGGACUUGGAAAUCCAUCACUAUCAUCACAACCACUAUCUACUACUUCUUCAUUACAUAACAUGCAACAACAACAUCAUCAUUCACCGCCUCAUAAUAACCCUUUCUCCUCGUCUAAUCAUCCACCUUCUUUACCUCCCCCUCAUCCUUUGCAAGGAAAUAACCCUACUUUAUUUGGAAGUAUGUCAUGAUAAAAAAAAAAUAAACAAAAUAAACACUGACAAAAAAUAUAAAAAUGCUUGUUUUUUUAACGCAUUGUUACACGGGGAACGGGAUGAAAUGCCAAAAAGAAAAAAAAAAGUUGUGUUCUAUACUGUAUGACCCGUCAUAUUAUAGACUCCCUCGUGUUUCACUGGACUGAAAAAAAAACAGCAUUUAAAAUAUAAAUACAGCUCUUUAUCCGGGA